AUGGCUGCAUCAGAUUACAAAAGUGACCCAGCGAAAGUCGCAGCCAUGCCCGAAAAUGCGACCGACGUCGUCCGCGUCAGCUCGAACGAGGAGACUCAGGUCAUCGAUGUCGACACGGCCUACCUCACUAGCAGCCCUAGUACAAAAUUUUUUCGGAGUGUAUUAUUUCAGAUGAUCCUCUUUGGAGCUUUGUCUUUUGUUGGCCCGGCUAUGGGAGAUGCCAUCUCGAACCUCGGCGGUGGUGGCCUAUCGUCUCCUUACCUUGGAAACUUGGCCCAAGCACUCAACUAUGCAGCCGGAUGCCUUGUUACUCUCUUUGGUGGGCCACUUAUCAACAAGAUUGGCAUCAAAUGGAGCUGCAUGAUCGCAGCCUUGACGUUCCCCUUGGCGGGAUCCGGAUAUUACACAGCUGCAAGAUAUGGGACACAGUGGUACCUGCUGUUCGAGACAAUUCUGGGCGGGUUCACAGGCGGCUUCUUGUACGUGGGAGAGACUACCGCUAUGCUGUCAUACCCACCUCAAGACGACCGCGGCCUCUACCUUGGGAUCUGGUCUGCAAUGAGGAGCUCAGGCAGUAUCAUCGGUGGUGCCAUUAACUUCGCCACGAACUACGCCAAAGACUCCGCUGGUGGGAUCGCGUGGUCGACAUAUCUGAUCUUCGUCGGCCUUGAGUGCACCGGUGUCAUCUGGGCAUUUUUGUUGUCGCCGACCAAGCUGGUCCGACGGAAGGAUGGAACCGCAGUGCCGACUACUGGGACUGUCACGUGGAAGGGUGAGCUGCACGCCCUAUGGCAGCACGCGCAGCGAAAGAAGACUUGGCUUGUCUUCCUGCCCGCAUUCUACAGCUUCUUCUACGGCGGCACGAUGGGGACGUACUUGUCUCUACAUUUUUCGGUCCGGUCCCGCGCCCUUUCCACACUUAUCGUACCGAUUUCUACGAUCAUUAUGGUUCUCUCGUACGGAAAGAUGUUGGAUAUGAAGCGUUGGUCCCAAUCCAGACGCGCCUGGACCGCGUGGGUGAUGUGGCUGGUGCCACAAAUUGGCUGCUUUAUAUGGAUCGGGAUAGAGUACUCAAAGUUCGGGACAUCAAAGACUGGGCUCGACUACGGCAUAGACGGCAGACGGUGGGCUGAGGCCUACCUGCCUUACUUGAUCAUCUUCACGACCGGGUAUUGGACACAGCUGUCCCUCUACUGGAUCUUGGGCACAUUCUCGACAGACGUCAAGUCGAGUGCCAGAACGGGCGGUCUUUUCCGUGCUUUUGAAACCGCAGGUCAGGCCACCUCGUAUGCCAUCAACUCACAUUACGGCAGCGACCCGCGUACGCCUUUCUACGUCAACUGCGCGGUGCUGGCGCUGACAAUCCCGUGCAUGAUCUUCCUCAUUAAAAUGGUGCCGGAGGCACCGGCUGAGAUCGAUAUUGAUGCCGUGGAAAUUCCCCGGGGCGAAACAGACAACAAGGCGGUCGAGACCUAA